AUGGGCCUCAAAUGGAAUACGAAGGAUAGAAGGAAAGAAAUGUAUUUUAAUGAUGGAAUCAUAAAGAAAACUAAUCCAAAGAUUAAUAUAAAGGAGGCUCUUAGCGAGCGAACUACAGAACUAAGAUUGAGACAUUUGGAGCGACAGUGUUCCUUCGGCAAUUUAGUCCAAGACUGGCUUGAUGAAAAAAGACGGCUACAAAAGAACAAGAUUAUUGAAAAUGGAAUUUACAGUAGGUACCACCUCCCUAAGCCCUUCACAGAUUUACCAAAGAUGAAAACCUCUCAUGCAUAUAUGAGGAAAUGUAAUCUCAAGGUUGCGGACGAAAAGUUUCCAGCCAGAAAGGAAUUUUACAACAAAGAAGUUAAGAAGACUUGUAGGUCUCCAGUAUGCAUACCAGUUGCAAAUCAGCUCUACAAACUUCGUUACAAACACAGACCUCACUUCACCAGAUAUCCAAACUGA